AUGUCGCAUCUGGCACCAACUGGUAAAUGGGACGCAAGGUACAUUGGUCCCGUACCUCACGACUCUGCAUACUAUGCCAAGUGCAUGCUUGGUGGUGUCCUUGCAUGUGGUAUCACUCACGCCGGCAUGACACCUAUUGACGUGGCCAAGUGUAACAUGCAGGUGAACCCUACAAAAUACAAGGGCCUCACGUCUAGUCUCGCCACGCUCGUUCGCGAGGAGGGUCAGUCUGGUAUCUGGAAGGGCUUCGGUCCCACCUUUCUCGGUUACUCGUUACAAGGCAUGUUCAAGUACGGUCUCUAUGAAGUGUUCAAGGACCAGUACAUGAACUUGGCUGGCGAGGAGCUCUCUAACAAAUACAAACCCGCUAUCUGGCUCGCUGGUUCCGCAUCGGCAGAGGUCUUUGCCGACAUCGCUCUCUGCCCUCUCGAGAUGACCAAGGUCAAGAUCCAAACCAGCCCUACUGGCACAUUCCCCACUGCAUUCGGUGCCGCCCUCGCGGAGAUGAGCAGGACCAAAGUCGAGACCCGCUAUCCGUUCGGCUCCCUUGUUCCUCUAUGGUCUCGUCAGAUCCCCUACACCAUGGCCAAGUUCUGCUUCUAUGAGAAGAUCGUCCAGCUCUUCUACACUCACGUCUUCCCUGAACCUAAAGAGUCUUAUGCGAAGACCACUCAGCUCGGAGUUACUUUCGCUUCUGGUUAUCUCGCUGGUGUUAUCUGCGCAGUUGUCUCUCACCCGGCUGACACUGUAGUCUCGCUCAUGGGCAAGCCUGCAAACAAGGGCAAGAGCAUUGGCGCUAUCGCAUCGGAAACUGGCCUAGUCACACUUGCAACCAAAGGUCUCGGCACCCGUGUGUUGAUGAUCGGUACUCUCACUGGUUUCCAAUGGUGGAUCUACGACUCCUUCAAGUCGUCGAUGGGUCUCGGUACCACCGGUGGCAAGUAA